AUGGGUUUGGGAGAAGAGAAGACGAUGAUUCGGAAUGGGUUGAUGACGCUGAUGCUUAUGCUUAUGAUUCCCUGGUUGUGUUGUGCCAAGGUGAUGGAUGUGCAAGGAGCGCCAGAGUCUGUGGUGUGGGUGGUUCAGCUCUCUGAUCUCCAUUUCAGUGUCCACCAUCCCGACAGAGCCACCGACUUCACCUCCCUUGUGGGCCCCGCUCUCUCCAUGAUCAACCCUUCUCUCGUCCUCAUCACCGGUGAUAUCACAGACGGAAAAAGCAAGGAUCUGUUGACGACGAAACAAAAUGAGGAGGAGUGGGUGGAAUACCGGACUGCAAUGGAUAAUGUUAUCAAAAGGAGCGGACUUGACAAGACUGCCUUCUUUGAUCUUAGAGGGAAUCACGAUAACUUUGGUGUCCCUGCCGUUGGUGGUGCCUUUGAUUUCUUUUCAAAGUAUAGCAUCAAUGGGCAGCUGGGCAGAGCUGGGUAUCUCAACAGUGUUACUCUUCAGACUGCUGACCGGAAACAUCUCUUUGUUGGAGUUGAUACCACUAUGUCUGUGGGUGUACGAGGCCCAACUAAUCUUUUUGGGCAUCCCACUGAUCAACUAUUAUCAGAUUUAGACAUGGAGCUCUCCCAGUGGGAUUCUCAAUCAAAAGAGCCAAUCAGCAAGAUUUCGUUCGGGCAUUUCCCUCUUUCGUUCUCCGCAACCUCACACUCUGGGAAGAGCCUGAAAGAUAUAUUCCUCAAGCAUUCCGUAUCAGCUUAUGUAUGCGGGCAUCUGCAUUCAAGGUUUGGUAAAAACUUGAAGAGACACCAUCAGUUACUUCAUAAAUUUUCAUUUUUGCCAGAAUUUUUCCAGCUUAAUGUACACCAACUAUCUUCUGAUCCUCCUGUUAAUUGUUCAACUGAUGCCCCAAUGGCCAAUGAAUUCUGGGAGUGGGAGAUGGGCGACUGGAGGAAGAGCAGAGCCAUGCGGAUUUUGGCCAUUGAUAGAGGUCAUGUUUCAUAUGUUGAUGUUGACUUCAAGUUAGGCACCAAAAAAACUAUCAUACUGCCAACUUUUCCUCUGGAUUCACGGCUCAUGUCAACAUCUUCAUCACGUCAUGAGUAUGAAUGUCAUGCUGCGGGACCUGUAUCUUAUGAUGCAAUUAGAGCCCUUGUGUUUUCUGUUUCUCCACUUGUGACAGUUACAGCUAUGAUCUAUGACACAAGACCUGGAUAUCUCAGUUUGGUAUUUGAGGGACCUAUGAUAAAGCUUGAGCAUAACACCUCCAGGGGAGAUCUUUAUUUUGCUGGAUGGAAUUAUAGAGCGUUUGAGGAUCCAUCUCCAGAUAGAUAUUGGUUGCAAAUAGAAGCGACUGACUUCAUGGGGAGAUCGACUUUAAGUGAUUUGAGGCCGUUUUCUGUUAAUGGUCUAAGUACUAAGCUUUCAUGGACGUGGAAGGAGUUUGUGGUCAUGGGUUGUCAAUGGGCUGCAUUAUAUUACCCAAUGAUGUGGUGUGUUGUAUAUUUUUUACUCAUGAUUCUCCUUAUUCCAAAAGCUCUCCUCAUUUUCUCAAGUAAGCAUUUUACUUACAAGAGCAAGGGCUUGCUAAAUUUUAUAGGAUGGGUUUCACAGGAGCUUUGUAGGGUUCCCCUCACAUGGUAUGGUUUUCUAGUAUACUUAUUUUACCUCGUAUUAUUCCCAUGGUUUAUUGGGCAUGUGUUCACUGAUGGCAAGGAUAUAGGAUACAUGACCUACAUGGGCUGGGUGGUUAAAUCUUUCAAUGAAGAUGGAAAGCAUGAAUAUGUUGGAUCACCAGAUGUAAUGGUGGUUGUUCUUCCACAUCUCUUGUUUGUAGUUUUUCCUGCUAUUUUGGUCAGUGGGGCUUUAGCUGCUGAAAAGCACAUCUAUCGGGAACAUGUUCUUUCACUUUCAGGAAAGAAAGAAGAUGAUCCUGAUCAAGAAGGAAGGAGAUCUUUAUGGUAUGGUUACCAGGGCAGUAGGAAAUCAAAUUCAUGUGUUGGAGACCGGUGGAUUCGGAAAGUACUUUUGGUUAUUUGCUUGGCAAUUUGUGGGAAGCAUUUUAUGAGCUGCGGGGUUCUCAUCAAAGCUUACGAGAUGAAUCCCAUCAUCAAUUUCCCAGUAUACAGCCUCACGAUUCCGCUAGUGGUGGCUUACACUGUCUACAGAACUAGGAGGAAUGUGUAAUAUAAUGAUGCAGCAACACUGCAGAGAGCAAAAUUGUACUCGCAUAUUCUUCAAAUCUUGUAUAAACAGUCCCUGUCACAGGAACAUGUAGGACGCAGAUUGAGUUGCUUUCCAACCUUCUAGUGGCCAAACAAAACAACCGAUGGAACUCUGCUCCGUUGAUUUGCCAAAGUUUGGAGAUUGAAGCAGCCAACGUCUACCAAUUAAGAAAUGAAGCUAGCAUAGCUGCAUGUUGAUUUUCUGUAAAAAAUAAUCUUUUCUCCUAACAAAUUUUGUAACUUUUCUAGUAUGUUUUCAAAGAAAAUAUGAUGUUCUGAUUUUUUUGGCUGUAUCACACCGCAAAAUCUGAUGGAAAAAGGAUAAUGAUGUUAAUAUAGACUUGAUUCUAAUUUUUUUCCGGAUCAAAUCAAUUAAACGAAGAGAGGAGAAAGAAGGAAGAGGGCAUUACCGCGCAAGCAAGACAAGAGUAAAUAUUUAAAAUUUGUUGUUGCUCGAGUAAAGUAUUGAAAUGAAAAUGGGUAAAGGUGUGUUCUUGUAGCGAGGGAAAAAG